AUGGUGGUAUCAGUAGCCGUGGAUAUCGGCGCUGUUGAAGUGCUGGUAUCAAUCUCCUCAAACUCUGUCAAACAGCCUUACGAGACUGGGAUCGAGGAACCCACCGUCGCCUCUGACAAACUAAUUGUAGUCGUGACAGUGGAUGUCACUGUCGAAGCUGUCAAUGCAGCUAGCGGAGUGCCAGUCACGACAGGAAUAGUUGUGUCGGUUUUGGUGUUUGUGACUGUCGAAGUCACGGUGCUUGUUGAGGAAACCGCAGCGCCACUGUAUCUCGACGAGUAG